AUGGGCUCAAACACCUCCAUGGUGACCGAAUUCGUCCUGGUGGGCUUCUCCGGCCUGGCCCACCUCCAGGGCUUGCUCUUCUCCCUCUUCCUCACCGUCUACCUGCUCACCGUGGCAGGCAACCUCCUCAUCGUGGUGCUGGUGUCCACCGACGCCGCCCUCCAGUCCCCCAUGUACUUCUUCCUCCGAAUCCUCUCGGCCCUGGAGAUCGGCUACACGUCGGUCACUGUCCCCCUGCUGCUUCGCCACCUACUCACUGGUCAGCGCCACAUCCGCCGCUCGGGCUGUGCCCUCCAGAUGUUCUUCUUCCUGUUUUUUGGUGCCACCGAGUGCUGCCUCCUGGCAGCCAUGGCCUAUGACCGCUAUGCAGCCAUCUGCGCGCCCCUUCGCUACCCGCUGCUGCUGAGCCGCCGGGUGUGUCUACAGCUAGCUGGGGCAGCAUGGGCCUGCGGAGCCGCGGUGGGGCUGGGCCACACCUCCUUCAUCUUCUCCUUGCCCUUCUGCGGCCCCAAUGCCAUCCCUCACUUCUUCUGCGAGAUCCAGCCCGUGCUGCAGCUGGUCUGUGGAGACACCUCACUCAACGAAUUGCAGAUUAUCCUGGCUGCUGCCCUCAUCAUCCUCUGCCCCUUUGGCCUAAUCCUGAGCUCCUAUGGAAGAAUUCUGGCUACUAUUUUCCGGAUCCCUUCUAUUGCCGGCCGCCGCAAGGCCUUCUCCACCUGCUCCUCCCACCUGAUCGUGGUCUCCCUCUUCUAUGGUACUGCCAUCUUCAUCUAUAUACGUCCUAAAGCCAGCUAUGAUCCAGCCACUGAUCCCCUGCUGUCCCUCUCCUAUGCUGUGGUCACCCCUAUUCUCAAUCCUAUCAUCUACAGCCUGCGGAACACUGACGUCAAGGCUGUCCUGAAGAGAACCAUCCUGAAAAUGGGGACUGUAGAGAUUUGA